AUGUUAUAUGCAGACAUUGAAAGUAAUGUGACAAGGAUCUUCAAGCUUAUAAAAAGUGAAGACCUCGAAAAGAAAGAUGGGGACCAAAAAUAUUCAAAAAAUGAUAUGGAACUUGUUGGACUCAUUGAGAAUUUCUACCACCAGUACCAGUCCCUCUAUGCCUUGUAUGAUCAUCUAAUUGGAGAGUCAGGAAAAAUAGUUCGGAGAAGAAAUGGAGCAACAUGCUCUUCUCCCUUGUCUCCUUCCAGCUCUAUCUCAGACUCUGAGUAUUUUUCCUCGGAUGAAACCGACAUUAAUCAUGUCAAGCCAGAAAAUCUCGGGCAUCAGAAGAUCGCAGACAGCAGUAAUCAUGAACUUAAAACCGAGAAUCUGGGUCUGAAGCUUAUUACAUUGUCCAGGAGUUCUAGUGAAGAAGUAAAAGAUGCAAUAAAUACAGAAUAUUUAGCUGCACUGAAAAAAGUACAUGCAGAUGCUACAAAGGAGGAUUUUAAGAAUGAAGUUGAUGAUAGUGUAAAGGAACUUUCAGCUCUUGUGGAGGCGCAUGAACAUCAAUCACCAGCUAGGGUGAAAGAGUUAGAGGGCCAGUUAGCUGGAUUCAAAACUUGUUUGGAGUCCUUGUGCUGCCAGAAAAGAGAUUUGGAAGGAUGGAAAGAAAGCAAACUUGCUGAGGCUAAACAGCUAGGAGAUAAAAACAUAGGUCUCCAUACCAGGAUUUUGGAGCUUGAGUUAGUUUUAAAAGAAAAAAAUGAUGAAAUAUCUGAUCUCCAGAAGAAACUUGAAAACGAGGAGAGUUCGGCAUCAAAAGUAGCACAUUUUAUGGCACAAACCAGCAAUCUGCAAUUGCAAGUUGAGUCAUUGCGUGCUCAAAAAGGGGAAAUAGAAGAAAGGAUGACUAACGUAAAAAAUGAAUCAUCUGCUCAAGUAAAGGAAUUCACAGAUAAGAUCAAUGAAAUGCAGCAAGAAUUAGAGAAUCUGCGGUGGCAGAGAGCCGAAACACAAAUACAAUUGGAUGGGAAGAACAAAGAGAUCUCACAAGAGCAGCACCAAAUAGAAAUUUUGAAGGAAGAACUAAAAAGAAAAGAUGUAGCUGAAAAACAAAUGUCAGAAGAAAGACAACGUUAUCUUAAACAGGUGAAGGAUAUGGAAUUGGAAGUGGACUCUCUACGCAGCCACAAAAAGAAUCUGGAAAAGCUGAAAAGGAGUAAAAUGCAUGAGGCAGAUAAGUUGAGAAGGGAAAUUGGGGUCCUGCGUGCUAAGGUAGUUGACUUGGAGAAAACUUUGUCUGAAAGAGCGGAGGAGGUUUCUUCCCUUCGUAAACAAUGUGAGGAUGGAAAGAAUGAAGCUUCUACUCAACUUAUGACUUUCACAACACAGGUAAGCGGUUUGAAACAGGAGCUGGAUUCUUUGAAGCGCCAGAAGAGCCAGCUAGAAUUGCAGUGUGAGAAAGAGAACAAAGAAUGGUUGAAAAGACUAACCACAACAGAAAAUGAAACUGAAAAAAAGAUGCUAGAAGAAAGACAUCAGUUUCGUGAUCAAGUGAAGGACAUGGAAAAGGAAGUGGAAUCUCUGUGCAGCCAAAAGACCAGUUUGGAAAACCAGAUAACGCUUAAAAUCCAUGAUACUAAUAUGUUGCAACGUGAAAAUGAGAGACUAAAUACAAGCAUUUUUGAGUUGGAGAAGACAUUGACCGAGAAAGGGGAUGAGGUUGAAGCUCUUCGUAGAGAAUGCGAGGAUGAACACAAUGAAGCUGUUGAAACUGCUUAUAAACUGAUGGACUUAACAACACAGGUAAGCGAUUUGGAACAAGAGAUGGAAACCUUGAAGACCAAGAAGAGCCAGUUGGAGUUGCAGAUUGAGACAUAUAACAAAGAGUAUAAAGAAAGACAUAUUGAGAUGGAAGGAAAGAUUGUGGAUCAGCAAAGAGUCAUUAAGGAAUAUGAAGAUAUUAUUAAGAAGAUCACUAAGGAAUCCAACAAUGCUAAAAUGUGGUUUCCUGAAUCCAAACUAAAUCUACAGCUUGCAGAAAGAAAGAUGGAAGAAUUGGUAAAAAAGCACCGUGUGCAUUUUGAAGACACUGUCCGGCUUUUAUAUCAGAGAAUCCGGGUAGCAGAACAUAUACAAAAUGAAACAAAAGAGAGCUACAGGAGGAUGAAAGAUGAUUAUGAGAAAGAAGCUAAGGAGAUCAAAGAAAAGCUUGCAUUUUAUGAGAAUCCACUCAAAAAGAUGAAGGGGAUGUCUGAAACAGCAAAGAGAACAUUGAACCGAUUGGAUAGGGUGGCAUGCACGUUUGAUAAGCACCACAACAACGUUUUGAACAACAUUUCCAGAAUGUCAGAUGAGGUUCAGCUUGCGAAAACUUGGGUCACUAUAGCAAUUAGCGAGAUCAAACGGCUGAAACAUGACUCAGAUUGCUUGGCUACGCAGCUUGGUGAAAAGGAAGAACAUGAGAAAUUGUUAAGGGAGAAAGUUUGGAAGUUAGAAGCAACUGCAAGCAAAGAAGCGGGCGAGAAGCUGAACUUAAUGAACAACUUUAGCCAACUCGAGAAGCAAGUAACGAAAAUGGAGAGGACGAUAAAGGAGAAGGAUGAAGACUUCUUGAGUCUUGGUGAGGAGAAGAGGGAGGCCAUAAGGCAGCUUUGUAUCUUGAUUGAUCAUCACCGGAUCCGCUAUGAUGAUCUUAAGCAAGUGAUAUCAAAGAAGUCUGGUAGACCAAUAUUGUAA